AUGGGUCACGCCGCAGGUCUCCGUGCCGGCACUCGCUAUGCCUUCUCCAGGAACUUCCGCCAGAAGGGUCAGAUUCACCUUUCCACAUACCUUCAACAAUACAAGGUUGGCGACAUCGUUGACAUCAAGGCAAAUGGUGCUGUCCAGAAGGGUAUGCCUCACAAGGUCUACCACGGCAAGACCGGUGUCGUCUACAACGUCACCAAGAGCGCCGUCGGCGUCAUCAUCUACAAGAAGGUGAAGCACCGCUACAUCGAGAAGCGAAUCAACCUCCGCCUCGAGCACAUCAGCCGAUCCCGAUCAAGAGAGGAUUUCCUUAAGCGCGUUAUCAAGAACGCCGCCCUUAAGAAGCAGGCCAAGGCUGAUGGCACCACCGUCACCGUCAAGCGACAAGCAGACCUACCCCGUGACGCCCGAACUGUGUCCAUGAAGGACAACCGCCCCGAGACUAUCGCUCCUAUUGCGUACGAGACUACCAUCUAA